AAUAAUAUGACAGACGGGAGGAAGAGAGAAAGAACAGGUGGGCAGUGAUGAUCGGGAAGAGCAGGAGGAGGAAAAAGAAGAAGACCAAGGAUGUGUCUGUACCUGCCCAAGUACUGUGUCUUCUCUCGUCCCUUCCCUCUGUCUGGCUCUCCUUCUCUCUCUUUUUGCUCCCGAUCAAGCAGCCGCGUAGGAAUGUGGGCGAGUCUGGCCAUGCUGCCGCCAAGACGCCGACAAGAACUUGCUUCGUACCGCCUCGUCUCUUAGGGGGGGUGGCUGGCCCGGGCGCCCUCCUCGUCCUUCUGUUGCGACGAGGCAGCCGCUGCGUGUGUGCGUGUGUGGAAGCGUCAACCAGCGAGCCGCGUCCGUGUUCGUGAGCCUCCGACGUAGCGUGUUUGGCCUCUUGCAGCGUCGCUCUCUGGAGGUUGUCAAGAAGCGCCUGGGUUCGAUAUUUGACUUUCGGAACUUGAGUGCGUUGGUGCGUCGUCCUUUGACAGUUACUGAUGGUGGUGACUCCCUCUGUUUUAUUUUGAGAUUACUGAAUUGUUUUUCGUCAAUUUUAUCUGAGGGUGCAAUGCUUCCUCGCGCCGUGGUGGUCUGACGUGCCGUAAAGUGUGGAACUGAGGAAAUUCCUGUUCACGGGUAGACGAGAGAGUGAAGGAGGUAUGGACGGUGAUGCAAGGGGAUGAUCGAGACUUUCCAGAGGGUAAGAGCGGCCCAGCAUAUCCCAACCCCAGUGACGCAAGAACAGUGUGAAGGAGACUUUGAAAUAUAAACGGAGGCAAAAGUGGAAGCAUCGGAACUCUUUUUGAAAAUUGUGCAACGAAUUCCUGACAUUAUUAUAAUAGUGUUUUUAGUGGAACAGAACCUUAGUGACAGUUAUAUUAAUGGCCCUCUUUUGAACAUCCGACAGGUUUAAGAUAAUUUCAACUGUUCGUGACACCUGAUUUUAAAAGAGAAAAAGGAGAGACGUACAAUUUUCUGGAUUACCGAACUGACUGAAGAGAAGACAGGAAGAGGAAAAGGAAAGUACGACGACGCGCUGGGGCACUACGGCGGCGGCGGCACGAACAUGGAGACCGUAGCCAACAUGUACGGCGACCCUCACCGCAGCGCGGCGGCGGCGGCGGCCCUACAGCCGUCCCUCAUAAACCACAUGAACCACGUGGGCGGGGCCGCCCACAAUGCAGCCAUGUACGCCCAUACACAAGCCCCAAACCAUGUGGCGGCGAAUCAUGUGAUGGGCUCCGUUCCCGACGUGCACAAACGCGACAAAGACCUCAUAUACGGGCAUCCGCUGUUCCCGCUCCUGGCGCUGAUCUUCGAGAAAUGCGAGUUGGCCACAUGUACGCCGCGGGAGCCGGGGGUGGCUGGCGGCGACGUCUGCUCCUCAGAAUCCUUCAACGAGGACAUCGCCGUCUUUUCCAAACAGCUUCGUCAUGAGAAGCCCUACUACUACUCACAUCCAGAAGUUGACAGCAUGAUGGUUCAAGCAAUUCAGGUCCUCCGGUUUCACCUCUUAGAGUUAGAAAAAGUGCACGAGCUGUGUGACAACUUCUGCCACCGGUACAUAUCGUGUUUGAAGGGCAAGAUGCCCAUCGAUUUGGUCAUUGACGAGAGGGACGGCCCCAAGCCCGACCUGGGCACUGGGGACUCAAACAACAACGCCGCCGCCGCCGCUGCCGGGCGGGCCUCGGCCGACACCACGCACACCGACGGCGCCUCCACUCCUGACGUGGGUCCCUCGUGGGAUUCGAGUGUUGACUCUAAGGGAGUCCCCAAACCCGACCAGCCUGAAUUCGCAUCAUCGGCGCUGCUCUGUAUGCCAAAGCGGCCGCCGUCUUCGUCAAUGUCGUAUUCUGGGGGUGCGGGCGGGGAGGACGCCCGAUCCCCAGGGUCGGGCGGCACCCCGGGUCCCCUCUCCCACCCGCCCGCCUCCCAGCAAUCAGGAGACAACACCAGCGAAGCAGUGUUUCCUACGCCAACAGGUGGGUCAGAUCCCGCCACUCUAGUACGAGGGAUGACAGAUUCAUUAGGUGAGUGUUGGGAGAAGAUGAAAGGGGUUCUGUCUUCUCUUCCCCCCGGUAAGUACCCGCUGCACUGGUCUCCCUUCCUCCCUCCCCUCCCCCUCACUCUCCCUUCCUCUUAUCCCCCACCCUCCAUUCUUCCCUCCCGUCCCCCUCCUACAGACCGCCUCCCCCCCUCCACCUCCACCGCCGUUUGCAUCAAAAUUUAUGUAAUAUUCCAGAUUCGGGCAGGAGUCAUUGGGUUGUCUCAUUAUUUCUCAGCAGCAGCAGCGGUGGUGGUGGUGGUGGUGAGGCAGGCAGGAAGGAAGGACGGAGGCAGGGUGAGGCAGGCUUCGGUCUGGUUGGUGUACAUAUUGUCGCCACAACAAACACAUGAUUUCUAUUUAUACUGUUACUGUGCCUUGGUGGUGGUGGAGGUGGUGGUGGUGGUGUGGCAUUUGGAGGUGAUGGUGGUGGUGACAGAGGAGGCCGAACAGGUUUGAGUCGGCGUGUUUGUUAUCGCAAGUGUUUAUUUUAGCCCGGCGCGUGUUGUCUUGGGUGUUUACUACGUGUGGACUUGUUUAUUGAGAUGUCGGAUCACGUGUGGGGCUCGCCGGGCCUUCCUUAGCGGGGCGGAGAGGUGUCUGCGGGUUCGUUGUAGCGAGUCUGAGUCACCGCUGCGGCCGAGUUUGUCAUUUUCCUCUCCUGUGCGUGUGUGUCCGCGCCGCGCCUCCUCUGCGGUGGAAUGACAAAUGCCGGUCAUUAUCCUGUCUGCUGUGACACACUCCGACACAGCAGUAUAAGUCGCCCUCGUACCCCGCCGGACAAACUGCAUCCUGUGUGUUGCUGGCAGGAGACACUCACUCCACGGGCGGGUGAUGGAGCGCCCGCCACGCCGCUGCCUUGUGCAUAAUUUUAGCCUAAUUCAGCUCGGGCAUAGUGUGUGCCAUCUGACGGAGGCGCGCUGGUGGCGGCCGCGCGUCAGCCCCAGCACGUCCGCCGCCCCCGAUGACGGAUGCCCGCGGGGGGACGAGUGCCGCUGAUGCAUGCCGCGCGUCCACUUUUGUGAGGCGUCGCGGCGAGGGAAGGAUGGCCUACAUCGCCUCGUGACCGCGGGCGGGGGUGUGAUGUCCCCGUCGCGGCCAGGCGGGCGGGGGACGGCUACGGAGACUGGCGAGGCACUUGUCUCUCCUGUCUCCCCGGCCGCUGCGUGGGACUGCGCCGCGUGAUUAAGAUUCGAGGGUCUCCGCCGCGAGUGUCCCGUGAGUGUUUGCGGCAGGCGGCGGUGGAGGAGGGGAAGGAGGAGGAGGAGGAGCGACAACAGGGGAGGUAAGGGUCCUUCUGAGGGCAGGGCGGCCGUGUAUGACAAGUGUAGUGUAUACAGCCGCGGGAGGGGCGGGAAGCCAGGCUCGGUGUAAGGAAAUCGGCUCAGAGUUCGCAUAAAUAAACACGCGGGAGGUUAGGAAAAACCCUGCGGUCGACGCCAUCUUCGCUGUUUGUUUACCUUCUGCACGUUGGUAAAGAAAACGGGAAUUGAGGUGCCAGCCGCCUCAGCGCGCCGCCACCCACUUUUGUCGAGGCUCCUCUUUUUUUACGCAAUUUAUGGCCCGCGGGAGUGUAUGUCGGCCACCUUGAGCCUCCAUUAGGCGUAAAUAGGGGCGAGAGUGAGUCAGGAAUUGGCGGGAGUUGGCCCCAGCGUGAAGACAAGGCGAGGGAAAGGGGAAACUAGUGUUGAUAAAGGAGAUCGCGGCCAGGACACCACAAUUAGGGACUGAAAAUGCACUGUCUUCAUCUCGUAGUUCAUCUUGAGGUGUAUUGGCUAGGAAGUCAACGGUAUGGGCGGCUCGCUUGAAGAGAACCAGAAAGGACAAGAAAACGACACCGCAGAGAGGUUGUCGAAGGAUUACAGGCUUCAAAUAUUGCUUUAUCAUCGUGUUGUCAGCUAGAAAAUCAACGUUAUGGCCGGGUCGUUAGUGGAGGGCCAGAUGGGACGAGAAGGGGACACCACAGAUGGAAUGUCGAAGGUUUACCGGCGUUAGGUGUUGGUGCUCUGAAGUCGACGUUAUGGCUAGGACGUUCUUAUGUUCUUAUGUUCUUAUGUUUGAAGAAGACCAAAAGAACGUUACGGAGAGAUUGUCAAUGGUUUACUGGCUUCAGGUGGUGGUGGAUCGUCGUGCCGUUAGCUAGGAAGUCGAGGUUAUGGCUAGGUCGUUGAAAGAGGACCAAAAAGAACAAGAAAAGGUCGUCCCGGAAGGUUGUCGAUGGUUUACUGGCUUCAGGUGGUGGUGGAUCGUCGUGCCGUUAGCUAGGAAGUCGAGGUUAUGGCUAGGUCGUUUAAAGAGGACCAAAAAGAACAAGAAAAGGUCGUCACGGAAGGUUGUCAAUGGUCUACCGGCUUCAGGUGGUGGCGGAUCGUCGUUUAUUAGCUAGGAAGUCAGCGCCGUGUCUGGGUCGUUGGCGGGUCAUCAGGCAGCGAGGGGAGCCGCGUGCUAACAACCCAAAAGAGGGGACACCGCUAAUUGCCGUCAAAUUAGGCACUUGAGCGUUUUUAAUGAAUUAAUUGGACUUCAUUAAGGUGGGUGCUUAUUACUGCGAGUUAGGGCAAUGUUUAUGUUCUCGCUCUUGGGCAGGUAGAGGCGAA